AUGAAUUCGGGUGCGGCUACUACUGCGCAAGAAGUAACCGAAGAUAGUCAGCUGGAUGAAGAUCAAGCGUCUGCUGAAAAAGAAAUCAAGAAACAAGUUCAUGAUGUAUAUGCCACACAAAUUGCCGAGCACUUCCCUAUUGGAAUUGAAUAUCUCAGAGCUACACCCGUUAGUGGUUCAGAUGAUACUGCUUUAUCGUCCAAGGCUUUAUCAACACAAGUCGAAGAUUUUCCAGUGGCCAAUGACUCACAGAAAGCGCCGUUAGUGCCGCCGCGGCAUAGAAAACGACGCGUCACGGAGCUGAAAUGUUCCGAAGUUAGGUGGUUUCAUCGGAAAAGCGGAACGGAAACAAAAUGGACUCCUUUUAAAGGAGCGGAUUCGUUGUUGUUGGAAGUGUACUGGCGGCAGCAAAUGCAAAUUGAUUUGGAUCAGGCUACCGAAUCCUAUGUACAAAUUAUGAAAAUGCCUACAUCGGUAGUAGUAUUAGACGGAUUAUAUCAAGCUUCCGAAGAUCUCACUAUGUUAAAUUCCAUCUAUUGGAAAGAUGACACGAUCGAAAUUCGUCGGGGUACAUGGUUUUUGAUGGAAAAUUUGCAACCAAUUGAUCCUAGCAUGGCUGAUCCCAUUGAGACACAUCAUUUACACAUUUUUCGUUAUCAGACAAUUCCUGAUGCCCCAGUUUUCUCGGAAAAAGAGUCGAGCAAAAAACCAAUUUUUGCGGAACUCAAACUACAGGAUCAGUACGAGGUGCGAUGGAAUUCCGUUAUCGAUAUCACAUUGUAUAAUAAUUCCAAAACAAGUCGAUUGCUGCGUUACAUAGCUUGGGGUAAAGGAACUGCUCUAAAACGUGGAUAUGAGGAAGCGGAAUGGGAUGAUGGUAAACAAAUCAUCAAACAUUUGAUUUUGGUUGUUCAUGGUAUUGGCCAGAAAGGAUAUGAAAAUUUAAUUGCAAAAAACACUGACCAGGUUCGCGAAGCCAUAUACAGUUGUAUGGAUAAGCAUUAUCCGGACGAGAAAAGUCGUCCAAUGGUUUUACCAGUGGAAUGGCGAUCAGCCUUAAUUUUAGAUGAUGAUAGUACUGAUUAUGUUACUUUGCCAAAGAUGUCCGCAAUACGUAAUGCUUUAAAUUCGACGGCAAUGGAUAUUAUGUAUUAUCAGUCCCCUCUAUAUCGAAACGAAAUUAUGGAAGGCUUGAUAAGGUCGCUAAAUAACGUCUACAGUUUGUUUGUAGAAAAUUAUCCAGACUUUGAUGGACCUAUUUCAAUUUAUGCUCAUUCACUUGGUUCUGUUAUGUGCUAUGAUCUGCUGACUUGUUGGUCUCCUCUUGUUUUAUACGAUAAAUAUGUGGCUGAAAUGAUUGAGCAGCAAUUGGCGAUGAAACCAGAACAUGCUGAAAUACUGAACGGCUUCCGAGAAGCACGACUGUUGGAACUUUAUGGUGGAUUUCAGCUGGCUUUUAUAACUCAGAAACAAAAAUUGAAGUUUAAGGUUAGGAACAUGUUUUGUGUCGGUUCACCUCUCGCCGUUUUUUUGAUUAUGAGAGGUUCAACAACAUUUGUUCCUGAAACAGAUAGCCUGAAGAGAAUAUACAAUAUUUUCCACCCAUAUGAUCCAGUGGCAUACAGAUUGGAACCGUUGGUGCAUAAACAGUAUCGUUUAAUCCGACCUAUCAAAUUGUUCAGUUCAAUUGAUCUACGAUCAUUGCGAGAUUACGCUCUUCUUCUACCAGAGAUCAACAAAGCUUACAUCAAAAAGAUAAAAAUAAACGAAAAAGUUGAAAAGGAGAAGGAUGCUCGGAUAGCAGUUGUUGGCGAUAAAAAUCAGGAGGAAAUGGAGGAAGAAGAUGAAUGUGAAAGCGAUGAUUCAUCGGCUUUACGGCCUAGUAGUCCAGGUUCGUCACCACGAAGUUUAACACCUCCACCAUCAGAAAGUGGUGAUAACAAAAAGAGUUGGUGGAAAUUUGGAAGCAGCCGAAAGGAGAAAGAAACUAACGAAGGAUUAUUUGAGGAAGUUAAAUUAAAUGAAGCUCAGAAAUUGAUAGAAGAAAUUCCUCCAGAAGAAAGGUUGCCGUACCGUAUGGAUUAUCAAGUGCAGCCGCAAAUUACUGAUCGAAGUUACUGGUCUGUGUUUAAAAGCCACUUUGCUUAUUGGGCUAAUCCGGACAUUGCGGCUUUUCUUGUCAAUUGUUUAUAUCGAGAAGACAAAAAACAAGGCGACGAGUCUUAA